CCGAAGUCGCGGCACCCAACGUCGGACGUCGUCGUCGUCGUCGUCGUCGUCGUUGGUGACUCGAGGAAGACGUUAGCAUAUCUUCGCAGUCACGUGAGAACAAGCGGAAGAUCACUCGUCCAGGAAGAGUUUCAUCUUCCGGCAGAAAGAGAAACAACGGGAAGUUUCCCAUCUUUCAACAAUCCAAGGAGGUGCCGUGUGUCAUUUUUGUCUCUUAUCUGCAAGCUCGCAGGAUCGCGCCGGCAGAGUCUGACAGCAACAGAUUACAACAAGCAUCAUGGGGUCAAGAACGAGUUUAAUUAGUAUGCGAAUCAUCAUGUUCUACCUGUUGAGCGUCGUUGGACGAUCAACAUCGGCGAUAGAAGAGGCGUCUUCCUCGUCAUUACAUAUUCCACGAUUGCAUCCCUUACUGAAUAAUCUGGAAUACGAGGAACCUCCUGAGAAAAAGGCUUACAUCGCUGAAUAUAAGAGACUACCCUUUUAUAAUUUUGGCAUCGGAAAGCGAUGGAUCGAUAAUAAUGAGAACAAAAAGUCUCGACAGUUUUCCUUUGGUAUCGGCAAGCGGCUCCGGGACUACAGUUUCGGUAUAGGAAAGCGCAACAAUGGAUACCGUCCCUUGAGCUUGGACUACUUUCCGGCCGACAACAUGGAGGGCUAUCAUUCUCGCGAGGAUAACUCGAACGACUUUAUGGAGGACAAGCGCGGUGGUCAGCGUUUCGGCUUCGGCAUCGGGAAACGAGCCUGGAGAUUGGCGGCUGAAGAAACGGCCAUACCCGGAAGAAGACUGAACGAUGCCAUUGGCCCAAGAUAUUUGCUCAGUUUGAGCAAAGAAUUGGAUGAGGAUGAGGAUUUAAUUCAGUAAAGCCUUCUCGUUGAGGAGCACGAAUGAUUAUCUUCCCCAUUCGCUUUAACCCCUGGACGAUCGCGGGAGAAAAAAAGGUUUUAUUUAUUUUCAAAAAUAUUGUAGUGGAACGUAACAACAAUGGAAGAUAAUUGAAAACAGCUGUGUAACUUAUUAAUUUCUUUAUAUUUUGGAUGUAUAUGUAUAUCGGAUUCUAAUAAUAAUAAUAUAGAUCUAUUAUAAACGGUAUUGGUAUAUUGUAAAAAUAAAUAAUUCCUUAACACAUUUACUAAUAAGAUUAACGAAUAAAUAAUAAAAUAAUAGAUCGUUCUAUUUUG